GAAGAAGCCUCUCGGAUGAGAGGUGAAACUUCUUCAAGCAACUUAAAGAAGUCCAGACGCUUUUCUUUCAAGCUCCUUAGACUACAUUGACCUGGAUGACUGAGAACCUUCACAGACAUAAGCUAAAUUAACACGGAACGAUGGAACUACGUUGUGUUUCAGCCGGUGAUCAUAUGCUGUUGCACACAACCCGCGCUCUGGUAACCGAUCAGAAAUAAUGCAUCUUACCCACGUAGCGCCUGUUGUCAGAUAAUUUAAUGCUUUUAAAGGUUAGUUUAUUUAUUUUUUCUGCCCGUUUUAUCUGCUGAAUGUUUCAGACGUGUUUCAGUUCUGCUCUGUGGAAGUUAGCUCGCAGGAAGUAGCGGCUAGUCCAACAUCUGGGAGUCAAACGCAGCCUUCCGGCUAACUGACUCCGAGAGAUGCCUCCUAAAAGGCGCAUUCAGAGAAAAAUGCUCAAAUUGAGCUGUGAAUGGGGUUCGUGUCAGGAAUUAUCCAGUCAGAUGGAAAACUUUUGUAAACAUGUGGAGGAACAUCUGACGUGUUUGAACACGGAGGAGGACGUGGAAGCAGGAGAGGACAGAAUGUGUCUCUGGAGAGACUGCGGGUUCUGCUCUGUUGAUGGGUUUGAAGAACUUCGCAGACACCUCCUGUUUCACUGCUACCACACCAAGCUGAAGCAGCUGGGUCAGCAGGUCCUGGAUGCUCAGCCAGAGCUGGGCAGCUGCUCCAUCGCCUACCACAACCGCAACAUCAUCCCAGACAUCCCUGAUAACUUCAUCUGUCUGUGGGAGGAUUGUGAACAACCUCCCUACGAAAACCCCGAGUGGUUCUACCGCCAUGUGGAAAUGCACUCAGUGUGUGUAGAUAUCCCAACUGGAGACAGUGAGUUCUCCAUACGCUGUGGAUGGAAAGAUUGUGAAGCUACGGCUAAAGGGCGUCCGAAGCUCAGGGAACACCUGCGUAGCCACACCCAGGAGAAGCUGGUGGCCUGUCCGGGCUGUGGGGGGAUGUACGCCAACAACACUAAAUUCUUUGACCACAUUAUACGACAGAGUGCUAUGGAAGGUCAGAGAUUCCAGUGUUCUCACUGCUCCAAACGUUUUGCAACAGAACGACUGCUGAGAGACCACAUGAGGACCCACGUGAGCCACUACAAAUGCCCGUUGUGUGACAUGACCUGCCCAUCGCCCUCAGCACUGCGCAGCCACAUCAAGUUCCGCCAUAGCAACGAGAAGCCCUACAGCUGUGACUAUUGCGAAUACAGCUGUAAGAAUCUGAUCGACCUGCGUAAACACCUGGACACCCACAGCAGCGAUCCAGCAUUUCGCUGUGACGUUCCCGGGUGUGGCUUCACCUGUCGUUCGUCCUGCACCAUGAAGAUCCACAACCAAAAAGAGCACGAGAAGAGUUUUACAGCUCGCUACAAGUGUCACGUGUGUGGCCAGUGUUUCACCAGAGGCAACAGUCUGACCGUCCAUCUGCACAAGAAGCAUCAAUUCAAAUGGCCUUCUGGACACCCCAGAUUCAGGUACAAAGAGCACGAGGAUGGGUUCAUGCGACUGCAGCUGAUUCGCUACGAGAGUGUGGAGCUGACUGAGCAGCUGAUGAGAGAAAAGCCGAGGAGGGGAGUGGAGGAUGACGAGGACGACAAUAAUGACGAGAGUAACCACACUGAGGUUCAGGAGCUGGAGGAGGGGCCUGCAGCGGCUUCAGAGGUGCAGGCAGAGCUGAGAGGGGUGCUGCUGGAGGAGCAGAGGACUGAAGAGCCCACCAUCAGCACUGAGGAUGGGGUUCAGGUGGAGGGCAUGCUGUAUGUCCUGACGCAGGAAGGAGAGGACCAUGUCAUGCUGCAACUCCAGGAGACGCCUCAGCAGCACGGAAUGCUGCUGGACUGACUUCCUGCUCAUCAAACACAGGAGAGAACCAAUCAGCUGAUCGGGUAACGAGGACUCAGGAGAUCACUAUAUCCCUGAAGUGGAUAAAAGACUCAUUUUGUGUGUGCAUCUGCUUUUGUUGAUGUUUUCCAGUGUUUGGAUUGUUUUCUAUUUAAUUCUUAAGACUCAGAUAAAUCUAUCACAACCUGAUAAAUAAACAUGAUAAUCUGAAAGAA